AUGGCGUUCCUAUCCCGUCUCAUCACCUUCUUCGGGCUAAUCUUGCUCGCCCAUGCAGGUUACUCAGCCCAUGAACACACUGUCCUAUCCAGCAACACCCGCCUCUCGACCUCCUCAACCGCCCUCCCGCAAGACAUUAUAGUCGAAACCCUCGUGUCGCUCGUGGUCGUCUCUCUCGGCCUCGUCCUUGGCGCAGAGAAAUUGAAGCCUAUUAGCUGGAGUCAGUGGGCGGGGGAGAUUGAGAAGGAGGGCGGUGGGAGGAAUCCAUAUUCGAGGUUGGAGGAGAGGUAUAGCUUUUGGGAUGUUAGGGCGAAGAGAAAGGAAUUUAGUGAGUGGAUUCGGGGUCAGGAUGCGAUGGCUGCGCAGUGA